GGCAGAGCAUCGUGUACUGUAACGGGCCAAAUUUGAAUGGAUAUUGGAUGGAUGUGCACAACUACACUCUACAAAUAAUGCAUAUAUAAUUGAGCCUAAAAGCUAAAAAGCACAAUUUCAAGCACUAGUUUUUGUCGUUGCGCUGACGGGAUAGCUAGGAAAUCGAGCAAGAGUCGGGAAGAGGGAUACCGCUGAUUCAUUCAAUCCCUCUCUUUGAAAACCCAAAACCCUAGAUUCAGUUAUCCUCUAUUUGUGUUUAUUUUUUCCUACUCAGAUUCACAAUUUGAACAAUUUUUAGGACAGGGAGCAGUUUUUCUUGAGGAAAUCAAUACAAAAAUGAGCAGCAAGAAGGAGGAGGAGCGAAAUGAGAAAAUUAUAAGGGGUUUAAUGAAACUUCCCCCUAAUCGAAGAUGCAUCAACUGCAACAGCUUGGGACCUCAAUACGUGUGCACAAAUUUUUGGACGUUCAUUUGCAUGACAUGUAGUGGGAUACACCGUGAGUUCACUCACCGAGUUAAAUCUGUAUCAAUGUCCAAAUUCACUUCACAAGAAGUUGAAGCCCUUCAAGAAGGUGGUAAUCAGCGUGCAAGGGAAACAUUUCUUAAAGAUUGGGACCCACGAGAGCAAAGACUCCCAGAUAACAGCAACGUGGAGAAAGUUAGAGAGUUUAUAAAGAGUGUGUAUGUGGAUAAGAAAUUUUUCGCUUCAAAGGCCUCUGGAAAACCUCCUAGAGAUACACUGAGCCUUAGAAACCAUGAAGAUGAAACAAGAAGAGCUAGUUCAUAUCAUUCUUACUCUCAAAGUCCACCAUAUGAUUAUCAAUAUGAAGAAAGGCGUUAUGGGAAACAGGCUCCUGCACUUACUAAAAAGCCUGGAUCAGAUAGAGGAAUGUUGAGGUUUUUGAGCACCAGUCGUUUAAGUGAUCAUGGGCAAGAGGAUAGUUUUGCUAAUGAGGUGGCUAAUGCUCCUCGAGUCUCGGAUUAUUCAGUGAGUAGUGGAGCUGACCCGUUUAGAUCUGGUACCCAAUCGCCACCUCCCUUCCAGAAGGAACUUGGAUUCAGUAGUCUCAGUAGAGAAAUGUCAAGAGAUAAUUUAACUGAAGAUGUCCAGCAGCAGUCUUCAGUCAACACAUUUUCCAGCCCAAAUGCUAAAGGAGAAUCAGAUCAGAAACCUGGUCCUUCAGGCACCACAUCUACAGCUUCAGCUGAAUUUGGAAAGUUUGAUGGUCUGGAUCUAUUUAGUGCACCAUAUGCACCUCAAUCCCAAUCCACCACCACAUCUGCACCUUCAGCUGAAUCUGAAAAGUUUGGUGGUUUAGACCUUUUUAGUGCACCAUAUCCAUAUGCACCUCAAUCAACCACACCUGUGAUUGCUCCUUCAGUCAUUGACCUAUUUGACUUUUCAGCUACAUCUUCUUCAACUUUGUCCAUAAAUAAUAAUAAUAAUAAUAAUAAUAAUAAUACUUCCCAGCCAUCACAUAAUCCUGUUCCACCAACUUCAAGUGUAAAUCAGCAGUUCCAACCUUUUGACCCCUCGUCUUUGGAUUUAUUUACUGUUAUGCCACAACAGCAGACAACCACCCUGAAACCGAAAGAUAUACAAAAUGAGGGAUGGGCCACAUUUGACAUGCCUUGGCAUGCACAACCUGCUAAAAAUUCAACCACCGUUGUGCCGGAAACUUCCACCAGUGAAGGGUCUUUUGGGAAAUUCGACCAACCUCCAUCUAAUUCUAUGGACAAUAACUCUCAAUGGUCAUUUCAUCAAGACUUUGGUGUUGGUGAUAUUGGGAUCCCAGUUGGAGUUGGGGUUCAGAAUAAUCAGCAGUCAUCAUGGAGUUCAUUUCAAGAGUCUAAUACACCUUUUCAAGAUCCUUUAGCUGUUGAUCCGUAUUUGGCAUGGGGGAUAUCAGAGAAUAUGAAGAUGAAACAAGCUGAUGUGGAUGCCAGACCUGCUUCUUUUCUUAACACAACACCACAUGUCGUUGGAUCAUUAGACUCUUCAAAUGAACUCCCUGUACUGGAUGCAGCACAAUCACAUGGAAUUGAUACAAAAUCUCGCAAUCCGUUUGAUUUUCCUAGUGAUGAUGAUCUGGAAGCUAGCAACAUGUUCUUGGACAUGGGCUCUUUGCAAUCUAGUCUGCCAAAUCAUAAUUGGUUUCCUGAAAGUGCAGCACCAGGCUUGCAGAUUCCGAACAUUCAAGCUCAGGGACCUGUGGCUUCAAUUGGUGGUAAUCCGUUUGGAUAAGGGAGAUUCUUUUGUGAUUUUGUUUACAUGGUUAUGUUAAAAAUUGUUAUUCUUGCUUCCUUGUAAAAAUAAGGUGUGUUUGGGUUUAAUGGUUUUGGGGUUUCUAAAUUACUUGAAAGUUGUGAUGUACUCGUUUUGGCAAUUUUAAAGCAGUCGGUGGAAGGGGACAACGCUGGCUGCUAAUAGGUGGCAUGUAUAAUCUUUAAGGAAGGAAUGCUAGUCUAUUCAUAAUAAAUAAAUAAAAAAAAAAAAAAAACACA